UACCUUUUCAGCGGCUCUGGAAUUCAGUUGCGGUGUGACUUUAGAGAAUUCCGUUACUGCUCUGUGUAGAGAACGAACGACGUGCAGACCAGAGGAUAUAAGAAAUUGACCACGUCGCCGACUGGUUUCGUUCUUUUCGAACUUAGCCAAAAUCUAAAGAUUCUUGGCUAAGGAUCGAUCGGUGUCCGGUAUCCUUGCUAAUCUCCAAGAAAACGCAUUCGAAAACGUACUUUUCAGAGGUUUUCGCUAAAAGUUCUGGAAGUUUGCAAAAAAAUUGCAAACGAGUUUCUGUGUUGUUGUGCAAAAGUGGGUGUAGCAUGUAAUUCUUUCGACGCAGGACCCGCAAGGAGUCGGUAGUGAUUCGAGCAAUAUUGACAAACUUCUAAAGUGGAUGCUCAUGUGGUUCUUGCGUUAAUGAAAACCGAAAGGAAUUCCAAGUGAUAUGGAUCGGAUGGAUUAGAUCAGCGAUCGGUGCUCGCCUCUAUUUGCUGCCGCCAUAUUUGUGGUUAAUCACUUGAUAUAUUAACCGCACACCACACUAUUUCUACCUGUUCCAAGACGACAGCGAUACCAUUGCUCAAGAAGAAAAUAUCGAGAUGUUUACAGGCAGUGGUGGUGUAGUUGUGCCGUAUAAGUUACUGUAGUGUGACUGUAGUUCGGUUUUCUCUAUAACCCUAAAAAUAAUAUUUCCUCGAACGUGAUCGGAAUGCGCGAUGCCUUGGAAUGUUUAAAUGAUUGUAUUGAAAAUACCUGGUUUUUGCUGGCUUUGAUUUUUUCUGUACCCGAUAUUUCAGUGAUUAGUACUGGUACAAUAUUGAGAAGUUUGGUGCGGGCUUAAAUCGUCUUUAAGGCGCACUCGGAGAAAUUUUAUUCGAAGUUCUACAAAGCUUGUAAUUCGAGAUGAAAAUAUGAGAAUCUAUUAUAUAACAAAAAAUAUCUGGUAUCAAAAAUCUGCUAUCGUUUCUUAAGUGCCCCGCCUUGAAUUUCUCGAAUAUUACGACCCGGUUUUGUGCUAAUUUCCAAAGUGAGCCCUUCUAACACUUCAACCAUUCAAAUUAAUUGCUGAGUUCUCCGUAAUAACCGCCUUUGAGUGAACUAGGAUAACAAAAAAAUGGGAGAUUCCACCCCAAUUUGCCGUUGUCGCGUCUUAUAUUUAGGCAGUGCUGUACCGCGCCAAAGCAAAAAUGGUCUGCAAGGAAUCCAGGAACCAUUACGAAGCCUCUACCCAUCAGAAGGGGCCAUUGGCGCAAAAGGAAUUGAUUCAUGGCUAAGCGUCUGGUCCAAUGGAAUCCUUCUUGAAAACGUUGACGAGAAUGGAAAACAAGUCACCCGAUUCUUCCCAAUCGAAUCACUUCACUAUUGUGCUGCAGUUCGCCAAGUUCUCAUUCCAGAACGAGGCAAUGCCACUCCUGAAUUCUUACCCCUCGAUUCACCGUUUGCACGCAUUCCAAAAGCCCAACAUCCACCAAUUUUUGCAGCAAUCCUUCGCAGGACGACUGGAAUCAAAGUCUUGGAAUGCCAUUUGUUUAUUUGCAAGAGGGAAGCUGCUGCAAAUGCUCUAGUCAGAUGUUGUUUUCACGCAUAUGCGGAUAAUUCAUAUGCGCGCCAGUUGGAUUCGGAAAGUUUAAGGGGUGGCAUUUCAAAAUCAAAUGGAGAUUUAGCUGGGAGUAGCAGCAGUGCUUGGAGAUCUAGAGCAGGAAGUACGACUACAUUGAAUAGCGUUGGAAGACAUUCAACCGGAACCGGAUUAAUGAACGGUGGAUUAAACGGAAGUGCUGUAGGAGGUAGUAAUGGAUUGGGAACUACUGAAGGAUAUACAUCAGUUAAUAAUUUGUACGCCAGCAGCGCAGAUCUAAAUGUAGUCGACGAUGGGGAAGGAUCAAUAUACAAUGGAGACGAAAAUCACAAAGUAUGGAACGGAUCACAAGAGCAUCUCCUCGACGGAAUCAGCUCAGAAAAUCAUUACGAAGUUUUCUCAGGAGGAUCUUCAACAUUGGGCCGACCAACACGAGCACGUCAAAUCAGUGCUCCGAUUCCAGUCCCGCCACCACCAAAGGAUGAAACCAAAAAGAAGAAGGAUAAAAAGUCAAUGAAACAUUCUGGAAGUCAAAGCUUAUCGGGAACCUUAAUUCGUCCGAAACCAAUUCAUGCGAACUCGCUUCAACGACCAGGCUUGCAUGCACCGCCACCAGGAAGUAUGAUCUAUGGUCCGCUGGGUCCACCAUUACCAUCACGUCAAUAUCAUACCGUCAGUCACCGCGCUUACGCUGCUAAUGGAGGUGCUGGUCCAUCUCCCGGGCCGCACCUAUUACCUCCACCGAUGGGAAUGCCGGUGCAUCACAUGCCAGUCAUGAUGGCCCCACAAUUUGCAACUCUUCAGCAUCCCAGGACUAGUAAAAAGAAAAAGAAGGAUAAGAUGAACGGUAUUCCGGUGGGAAUGCCGGUUCCACCGCCACUAUUCGCUUACCCUCCACAGGGUUCCCCUUCUAUGCUUGGCGAGCCAAGGCCGCUUGCAAUGAGCAAUAGGAAGUUGGCACAAUCUGUGGGUGGGGGUCUGGAUGAUUCUGGGAAUUCCGGCGGUGAAUCUCCCGGUGGUACUGGUAUCUACAGACGCAAGGGACACCUAAACGAAAGAGCAUUCAGCUACUCAAUACGGCAAGAGCACAGGAGCCGGAGCCACGGAUCUUUAGCUAGUCUGCAAUUCAACCCGCCAGAUAUGAAGAAGGAGCGGGAAAUUGCACAAAUGGUUGCGGGAUUAGAUUUAAAUGAUGAAACAACGACCCUGAGCCGACGGAAUAUGGGCAACGGCGGACCAAUGGCAGCUGGAUAUGGACCAACUGGAACAUUCGGCAAGCCCCGAAGAUAAUUUAUUGGAUCGUAGGGAAAUAUGGGGUUCAGUUAUAAAUAGUUACAGUUGCUUGUAUUUAUUUUUGUUGCUUUCUUUGUUGUCGUAGUAGAGAAUAGAUUCCUCCACAAUAAAAAAAUAGUAAAUGCAAACGGGAAAAAUAUGUAAACUAACCAUAGAUACAGGACCAACUUCACAGCUGGGGAGAAGGAGAAUCUGUGGAACAUCGCAUUAAGACCUUCAUCGAUCGAAUGAACAGUUAACUAUGCGUACAAAAGUCACAAUUACCGGAAAUUCAUGUGUUCUUUAUGUUUGGAGUUCUGUAAAGGAACCGUUUGAAAAAAACUGGAAUCUUACACAAGGAGCGAGAUUCCCUGCAUGUUAUUGUUACCUCUGCUUUGCAAUCGGGAAAACAUAAUAAUUCCAUGAAGAAGAUACAUUUUCCCUUAUAAAUAGCAAAACUGCUGCUGGUGUUUAUGCGCUUCAGACAUCUGCGGGAGUAUAUCGAUAGGAACUCUAUUUGGGACUGGAGCUGCCUGAAUUUUCGUGGGAAACUACUGCAGCCUAAAUUUCCACAAUAAAUGAUGAAAGCUCAAUCGAGUCUUGAAUGGAAUUUAAAUUAUUUAUAUAAAUCUUUUCAGAAAGCAUAAAGACCACACUGAGAGAGCAUAAAUGAAAAUAUUUUCCGAACAUUUUUAUAAAUACAAAUAUUUAUGUAAAUCGAAUAAAUACGAGAAAAGAUACAGAUAAAAUAGCUCUAAGAUACAUACAUACACAAAACACAUAAAUCUAGUUUGAAAAAUGCUAACUGAUGUAUAUGUAGUAUUCGUUUAGCGUUUCGAAAGCCAAAUACAUUCUAAAAAUGCUAUUAAAAUAUUAAAUACGAAGCAACCUUCAUAUUCCUAAACUUGGUGCGAAAUCGGUGAAAUUGUAAAAAUUCAUUUAAACAUUCGAAAUUAGAAAUUACUCAACAAUUGUAACAAAGAUUUUCUGGGGAAAAUCAUUUACUUACAAGAGACAGAUAAUCUUAUUUUACAACGAAUCUAAGUAUCUUUUGUCGCCUUCUGAGGCGCUCUGACUCUAUCUGACAGAUAUCAUAUGACAUUCAAUAUUAAACGAGAUGAAAACAACUUUAUUAUGUGCCUUACUAGGUCUUAUGUUGUCCAUAAGUGUAGAAAGUAAUUUUUAGAAGUAGUUGUUAUGGAAAGGACGGAAAAGAAAUGUUUCGAAAUUUUCUUUUGGAAAAACCACCUAUUUUCGAAGUUUGGACGGGAAAUUCGAGAAAAUGUUGAAUAUGAUAUUUUUGAUGUUAUUUGUUUUAUUUCUAUACGUAAGUCGUAAUCAGUAGAUGUCAUGUAUAAAAUCAAAUAAUAUAAUAUGGAUUAUAAUUUUGAUGGUAUGAAUUAAAGUGUAAAAUUGAAAAUUUAA